GCUUCAGGUCUAACCGGCGGUGGGAUUUUGAAAUUUUGGUGUUUUCUUUUGAUUGACAGUGCUGAAGAAUGGCUUCAGAACCAAAGGUGCACACUUUCGAGGAGGUUGCAGUCCACAACAAAACCAAAGAUUGUUGGCUGAUUAUUUCCGGGAAGGUGUAUGAUGUAAUUCCAUUCAUGGAAGAUCAUCCUGGAGGUGAUGAAGUUUUGCUGUCAGCAACAGGGAAGGAUGCCACUAAUGAUUUUGAAGAUGUGGGACACAGUGAUUCCGCAAGAGAAAUGAUGGAGAAAUACUACAUAGGCGAGAUCGAUUCAAAAACCGUCCCGGCAAAGCGCACCUACAUUCCACCGCAGCAAGCACCUUACAACCCCGAUAAGACCCCCGAGUUUGUGAUUAAGAUCCUACAAUUUCUCGUUCCCCUCUUGAUUCUGGACUUGGCUAUUGUGGUACGUCACUACACUAAGAAAGAGUAGCUGACUACUACCACACAGGGCAGAAGUGUGUUUCAUCUGUUAGUUGAAAAAGGACAGUCAUAUGUUUUGUUUGAUUUUCCAUUU